AUGACUGGAUCUGGCGUUGUUUUUUUUUUUGGACUUGCAAUCAUCCCCAUUAUUAUUAUUAUACCGGUUUUUAUUUAUUUAUUUAUUUAUUUUCUUCUGUUUUCUGUAAGUACGGGAGGAAUCAGAGAGAAUUCACACUCGCAGGCAUUUUAUUACAGGCAAAAUACUCACAGUUUGAGACGCAUGUCGAGUGGUCUGUCGGCACGACGUCUUAUUUUGCAGCAGCUUACUGCAGUGGCACAAUAUAGUCCUUUUAGGCCAGUGUUGGCGGCCAUGUUAGCGAACCACACUGCUGCUUCCACAAUGACAGCCUCUUUGAAUGAUCACGGUGGGAGCAAAAGUAAGAGCUCAUGGCUUCGUAUUUCUCUGAUUUCUCCUGAAAGUAGUCGCGGAACAUUUACAUUGAUGACGGAGGAGGAAAUGGGAAUACUGCGACCAAAACAAAAGGAAGA